CAAGCAGACUCUGAGCAUGGAGCCCCAUACGAGUCUUGAUCCCAGGACCUGAGACCAUGACCCGACCCAAAAUCAAGAGUUGGAUGCCCCACCAACUGAACCACCCAAGCUCUGGUGGGAAGCCGGGGCCGUCAGGACCCACCGGGCUGGGCCUGCCCAAGAAUUCCUCCCCUCGCGGGGGAGGUUUUGCGGCACGAGGUGAAGCUUCCGGAGCCAGACACCCUCUUCCUCUCAAGAAACAGCCUCCUGCUGCGGGUGUGGGCUCAACCUGGGCGCCCCCUGCGACGGUUCCAGCAACGGAGACGGACGUCCUCGGCUUCGGAGGGGGGCAGGAGAGGCACCGCGUCUUCAGUCUUCUCGGAUGAGUCCCUCAGCUUUCGUGACGAACGCCCACGCAACAGGGGACGUGGACGGAGCCGAACUUUUUAAUGGAAAUGAUAGAAGUACGUUUUUUUUUUUUUUUUUUUUUUUUUUUUGUGACCGACUGCGAGGUGACACGUCCAGGUUUGCAGACACCUUCACUAAAGCUCUUCGGGGUGGCGAGAUGCCCGUGCACGCUCACACCUGGGCCGACGUCGGGAGGACUUCGUCCCAGAAUCUCAGGUGCUGCGAUGCACCCUCACCUGCCCAUCCACGGCUAACGACGCGCGGGGGCGCGCGGGAUCCCCGCUCCGGGCACAGCCCCCCGGUGGAGAGGAUGUUGCACGCUCCUCUCCCCCCGGGCCCGCUUUCUCCCACACGGGCCGGCGAGUUCGUCCACGACCCCUGCCUCGCUGGACGGGAAAGGCGCGGGGAAGGAGGCAAAGCCAGGGGAGGACUUUGCGGCUGGGUCUCCCAGCCCCGCGAAGGGAGCGCGGCGAUGGGGCGGGGCGUGCGGCCUCCCUCCUGCCUUGCCCAAUCAGGCGCACAGGAAGAUGUCCUCUUACCAAUCAAAAUAAAGUUCGC